CAAAGCCAGCAAGCUGGUGUAGAGUUAUUGUUAUAGUUCAGAAUACCAUUAACACAUGUUGAAAUGAAAGUGUAACGAUGGACUAUCGAGUAGUUAUAAUUGUUUUAGUGGGAUUAGUUUCUCUUAUAUCAACUAAUAAACAAAGUUUUUAUUAUGUCGUUAUAACACCCAAGAUAUUUCGCACAGAUACGGAUAACGUUGUAACUAUAUCAGCUUCAGAUGUGACGAAAUCACAAACAGUACAUUUAAUACUGAGUUAUGGCGAGAAACCGAAGCAAAAACAAGAACAAAAAAUAAAGAUAGAAAAAGAUGGGGUUCAGCAGACGACUUUUCGCAUUCAAUCGUCGGAUUUGCCGCCCACAGAGUCCAUGGUAUUUUUUGAAGUUCGUGAUGAUAUAGGUGGACCUAAACAGAGCAAAUCCAUCCCUGUUGAUAGAUCUAGUGGCCAUAUUAUGAUACAGACAGAUAAGCCUAUUUAUAAACCCAGAGAAACCGUAAAAUAUCGUAUUUUGGCUGUUAAUGAAGAUCAAAGUCCAACAACAAGAUCUGUAAGAGUUGACAUUACAAGCCCUAAUGGUAUCAUACUAGACAGAAUGACAUAUCCUGGUGAAGAAGCUUUCAAUGGUAAAACUUUCUUUCUUCCAGAAGAAGCUCAACUAGGAGUUUGGAACAUAUCAGCAUCUUUUGUUGGAGACGAAGGAGUUCAACAGACCGUAGAGUUUGAGGUUAAAGAAUAUGUUUUACCCACAUUUAAUGUUGAGAUUAAACCAAAGAUGACGAUUGUGAUGAAAUCGCUUCAUUAUAUAAUAAUUAAUGUUGAAGCAAAAUAUUCUUAUGGUAAAGGAGUAGAGGGACAUUGUGAUCUUCGAAUGGGUGUAGUUAAUGAUGAACAUGUAGCAUUGUUUAAACUACCCGAAGCAAGUCAGACGAAAACAUUGUCCAGGAAAGGAAAGACUAGAUUCUCUAUCAGGACAAAAUAUCUUGCAAACAGUUCCUUAUGGUUUCCAGAACAUGGAAAACAUCUUUAUAUUGAAGCUAAUGUCACAGAGAAAUCAACUGGGACGAAAGUCUCCAAGAUUGAUACAUCUACUGUUUUUGCGACAAAUUAUUACAACAUUGAAUUCACUUCUUCUAAAAAUACUUUUAAACCCGCAAUGCCGUAUAGGUUAGAGCUUGAUGUUCGAGAUAUUCUGGGUGGUGCUAAAUCUAAUUUAAGUGUUUACAUCAAUGCAACAUUCACUGGUAAAACAGAGCAGAAGAACUUGGAGAAUGUUGGCAAGUCCGAUUCGAAUGGUCGUAUAUCUCAGAUAUAUCAAAUACCAGAUUGGUGUCAUCAUUUACAAUUCGUAGUGAGUGAGGUGACAACCCGUGAUCCAAAGUUGACUUCACAAGAAAUCAAAUCAUUUAAAGUUAAAGCUUCUGAUGAAAAUAAAAUUUCACUAGCUGAAAAUAUAAAACACCGGGAUACCAGUAAUUUUGAUAUAAAAAUAGCCUAUGAACACAAAGAUGGCAGAACAAUGUUUAUUUUGGUUUCAUCAAAAGGGCAAGUUAUCUACACGACGUCUUUCACAUCAGUAUCAACCGGACAGAGCAAAAUAGAAAUUCCAGAGAUUUUUAGAACCGAGUUAUCGCCCUUUUCAAGGAUUAUAGUAUACUACCUGGAUUCUGAUCAAAAUGAAGUAAAAGCAGAGAGUAUUAUCGUACAUUUCCCUUCACGCUGCUUAGAAGAGCUGAAUUUAUCUUUCUCAUUCGGCCAAACCGCUCUAUUUUUGGAACCUAAGAAACGAGCUGCAUUUAAAGUAAAUGGUGGCAAUAAUAUGAAAGUGGGUGUGGUUAUUGUUGAUAAGGCUGUAUAUUAUUUGAAUAAUAAAUAUACUCUAACAAGAGACAAAAUGUUCUCCUUGCUGGGCAAACAUGAUACUGAUUCUAAAAUUGUACAAAGUGGAGAUGCCAGUGAAACAUUUAAGGAAAAUGGUUUACUAUAUUUUAAUAAUUUUCGUUUAAGAAAACGUUUCAACUAUCCUAUUGGAAUGAGAGGAUUUCAUUUCUCAAAAUUUCAAGAUUUUCAAAAACCUUCGGCGGGAAUAAAUGUUGUCCGUGAUGAUUCUCUGGACCUAAUACCCAUAAAGCAGAUUAGAAAAGAUUUUCCGGAGUCGUGGUACUUUGAAGAGUUUACUCUAUCUGACAAGGGUAGAAAAACUGUUAGUGUAACGUUGCCAGAUUCAAUAACUACGUGGGUUGUACGAGCUGUUGGUCUGUCGUCAACUCGAGGUGUUUGUAUUGCUGAACCUCGAGAAAUCACGGCUUAUAAACCUGUUUUCAUUCAACUCCAUCUUCCUUAUAAGGCUGUCCGAUUAGAACAGGUCAAGGUCACAGUCACCAUGUUUAAUUAUAAAAACCAGCGAAUGAAGAUUAAGAUGAACUAUACUGGAGACGUUAGCUUGUGUUUGCCAAAUCAAAUGUCCACAAUUAAAACAACUCUUAAAGCAGAAAAAUCCUGGUCAACCAAUUUCUUCAUCAUACCCUUAAAAACUGGAGAUCUUACUAUCCGUGUUGGGGUGUGGGACAUUACGAAUCGUAAUAAAGAAAAACUUGUUGAUGUGGUGGAAAAGCAGCUUUAUGUGGUGCCUGAAGGAAAAAGAUUGAGGAAAACAAUAACAUUUGCUCUCGAUCCGGAAGGAAACAAAAUAAGUAGACAAACAAAAUCUACUGAAAUAAAUAUUAGUGAUACGCCCACCAUUAAUCAUACACUUAACGCAGGAGAAAAUACACAAAAGACAGAAGUUGAUUUAGCACUGCCAGUAGAAAUAAUACCAGGAACUGAAGAUUGUGCUAUUCAGGCGUGUGGUGAUUUAAUGGGGGAUAUUAUAACUGGUACUGUGGCGGGCAAAGGUAACAUUUUUGUUUCAUCGUUUCACGUGGCUGAAGAAGUUAUCGGCAAUAUGGCUCCUGUUGUCCACGCUCUCCAAUACCUCAACUCAUCUGCCCUAUUAAAUAAAGAAAUGUAUUUAAAAGGUAGAAACUAUAUUAUGCAAGGAAUUACCAGACUGAUGAAAUUCAGGAAUGAAAAUGGUGGCUAUAGUUUAUAUGAAGAUUUACCCCCUAUAACUUGGUUAACAUCUCUCGUAUUAAAAACAUUGUGUCAUGCCAAGGAUCUGAGUUACGUGGAUGAGGAACUCAUUAAUACUGGUUUUCUAUGGUUGUUAGAUCAGGUAGAUGAAGAAGGGCGUCCAGCAAACGACCAGAUAACUCCAGAGGAUUCCCAUGAAUAUGCUGUUAUUCUAGCAGCCGAGAUAAUGAUUGCUUUAAAGGAAUGUGAGACUAAGGACAUGUUAAAAGAAGAGUAUUUGGAAAGUCUAUUAGGUCUAGAGAUCCGUAUGUUGUCAUUCAUCGAAGAGAAUAUCGACAACGUCAGUAAUUCUAUGGCUUUAUCUAAAAUGGCGUAUGCCCUUCAGUUGUCAGAUAGCCCAGAUGUUGACUGUGUCAUUAAAAAGAUGGUCCGAGCUGGAAAAUCCUCUUCUGGGGAGCACGGUGUAACUUACUGGACAGAACAUCGUGUGUCUGAUGGUAAACCAUACUGGUAUCGUCAAAGUGCUGAUGCCUUUUCUAUUGAAUCAACGGCCUAUGCACUGCUUGUCUACAACCGCCAUAGAAAACUAGACCCCCACUCAUUAGCCGAUUGGUUGAUUCGUCAGAGAAAUGGUCAUGGUGGAUUUAUUAGCCCUAUAGAUACAGCAAUAGCAAUUCAGGCCUUGGCAGAAUUCUCCUCAUUAAAACAUUCAACUACAACAGAUCUUCGUCUUGAGAUAUCAUCAGACUCAUCUAUAAAUUAUAAUCACGUGAUUGCCUUUAAUCAAGAAGAUGCUAUUGAACAGAAAUAUCUAAUGGAUGUUCCUGUAGGAGAAAAGAUUAAUCUUAAAACUAAUGGAACCGGUUUGGGACAGGUUCAAAUUAACGUAGCUUAUAAUGUCCCUACGGCACCAAAUGAUAACUGUAUGUAUGAACUCAAAGUAACGAGAAAGGAGGUCUCUAGACCAAGGAAAAUAAAAGACAACGAGACAUCAUUGUGUAAUUACUGUACUGCUGGCUGUCGUAUAGUCGAUAAAGAAAAGGAUGAAAUUAAUACAAGUGAUCUGAAAUCAAAAGCCAAAAAAGUAUUAAGGGCAAAAAGGAACACGAGAAAUCCAGCUGGCGUGUUUGGGAGGGAACGGAGAAGAAAUCACCGAGAUCGAAAUCGCCGAGGGAGUAACAGACAGAGGAAUGGAGAUCGACAGAGAGGUGGGAAUCGAAGUGGACAUCUAAGAAGAAAUCGUCGAAGGAUAAGGGUUAGAAGACGAGGAAGAAAUUCAAUUUCUAGUGUUACACUAUGUCUAGAGAUAUGUUUACGAUAUCGUGGUGCAUCAAAGAGUGGACCAACAAGAGUUGAAAUAGAUAUGUUAAGUGGAUUUGAACCAAUAAUUGAAGAUUUGAAUCUGUUAAAUUCGUUGAGUGAGGAACGAGUUAGAACAUACAGAGAUGAUUAUGGUUUGGUUACAAUUUAUCUUGAUGAGGUCCCUAACAACGAAACCCUGUGUCUAAAUUUUAGAAUAAAAGAAAAAGCUGAAGAGAUUGUAAAAUUCCGCCAACCAGCAUCAGUAGUUGUUGUACAACCAUCGAAACCAGAAGAAAUAUGUCUACAGAAUUAUGAUUCUGGUAAUUCUGAAGACACAUUACCUGUGUAUUGUAUUGGUGAAGAAAAUCGAUAUAAAGGAGAAUGUACUUGUUUCUCUGGUGAGUGUGGUACCUGCCAUAAAACGUCCAUUGGUAUAGCGGAUCUUAAAGAUAUAUUAUGCAAAACAGAUUACGCCUAUCAAGUUGGAAUAGGAAAUGUAACGCGAAAAGAAUCUUCCAGGCACGUCUCGGCUUCUUUAAAAUCAGCGUCUAUAAAAGGUAAUCACGACAUCAGUGAAGGGAAGCCAUUAUCUUUUACCACAUCGCCAUCUUGUGUAUGUCCUAAUUAUAAAGAAGGGUCAUCAGUAUGGGUGAUGGGAAAGAAUCCAUAUCGAUUUAUAAACCAAGAUAGAGAGGAGAUAUAUCGAUAUAUCAUUGAUGAAAGUACAACAUUUCUCAACGUCACAGCUAUAGACACCCCAAAAUCUACCAGAAAAUCAUAUAUUACAAUUGCUAUAAAUAGUUACGAUAAAGAUUGUGAAAACUGAUUUUUUUUGUCUUGUGGGCCCACACAUCUCAUUGCAACACACGCGUUUUUGAAUGUAUAUGAUGGAAUGGGCACAGCAUUGUUGUCUGGUUGGUUUUAUUCAUCAUGAUGGUUCAUUCAUACAUCACAGUUGAACACGCCUUUGAACUUACUAACACGUCAUAUAUGUCACAUGAUCAAUAAACAUCUAUACUGGAGUUAUCUCCCAUUUUACAGUAACAUGACUAAUAACAUGAUUGCUGGACACAUGUGACAAUCGGUCAAAAUAGAGCUGAUUUUGAUUUUUUGUAAAUUUCUGAUCCUGGAGUAUGGAAAGAUAUGAUCUUUUUCUACCAAAUCAAAAUCCAACCAACUUUAUAUUAAAUAAAAUUGUACUUAAAAAUAUUUCCCCUGACUAGGUAAAUAUAGGGCAAUAUGGCCUUUCUCGACCAAAACCAAAAACAUAUUUUCUAAUACCCCAGUUAACUUUAUGUUAAUCAAAGUAUGGAUUAUAAAUUUUUUCUGGGUAUGGAAAUAUAUGGUCUUUCUCUUUACUGAAGUUCUAUAUGCUUAAAGGACCCUGUCACCGCAUACAUGAAAUCCUAAAUAUUGAACAAUUAAUAGCCCUAGGGCAAUAACACUUACCAUUUAGGGCGAGAUAUAAUAUUAUUUAGACAAGUAUGUUUAGAAGAUUAAGACAACAGCUUUAGGUUACAUAAUGUCUUGACACAACUGUAGGUUAAAUAAUGUCUUGACACCGAUGUUUGUGGAUACAAAUUGAAUAUAAAAAUUGCACCGGAAAUUAAAGAUGCAUUAUGUAAGAACUAAAUCUGCUUAUUGCGGGUCUUUCUUUUGUCUUUACGUGUUAUAGAAACUAUUAAUUAGACUUUUAUUUACACAACAAAUCUAUAAUGAGCUCUCUAGAACAUCGGAUGGUUGAGAUGUAAAUGGAUUAAAACACCCGAAAGAUUUAACAGAUUAACAAUAAAAUGAAUAACCGAGGUUACCGUUGCUAGGAUGAUAAACAAUCAACGUAAGAUCUUGUCAAACUAUAAAACGCUUAUAAUGUCGAGCAGAAUAAAGUAAUUUGAAUGAAAUUUUCCAUAAUCCAAUAUAUUCAUUUUUCAUUAUCUAUAUUUGAACUAUUAUAGCAAGAACAGACAGCUCCUCAUAUAUAAAUCUUACAUAAUGCAUCUUUAAUACAAAUGUAUCAUGACUGGUUGUCAAUUAUUUGUUAUGUCAUCAAUUGCACCGCCUCUAUAUUUGCAUUUUAUUCUGGUGUGUUGCCCUUUUAAUGUUUAUAAUGGUGGAAAAAAAUUGUAUUGCCUAUCUGAAAUAUUAUGUACUGAAUUUUAAGUAAGUCAUUUUAUAAAUGAUGUAAUCACAAUUAAGCAGACAUUUGAUCCAUGUCAAUAUAAUUUAGACCUACCCAUGCUUUGAACAUUAUAUUAUAUUUAAUGUUUAUUCUAUAAACUCUACAAUGUAAAUAUUUAAAGAAUACUUAUAUUUUGUAUUUGAUAUCUAUUUUAUUAUAACAGUGAAAUAAACAUACUAAUAAAUAUUG